UUUUCAUAUUUUGUUCCUACUCAUAUGUAAAAUUUAAUCAACCUUUAAUGUCUGAUCCAGCUUUGGUUCCAUUUCAGUUCGACUCUGACACUGAACAUCCAUUAGGACAUUAUCUUGACGAUCUUAGUUAUGAUGGAACAAUACCUGAUGAAGAUAUUUAUGAUGCUAUUAAUGAUGAAACUUUUGGAGUUGAAACUUCAUUAAUUUCUGCAGAAGAAAGUGAUUUGGCUGAUUUUGCAAUUCGGACAGCAAAUUUGGCCCUCGAUGAUUCGCCCACUACAUCAUCAAAGCCGCCAGAUCCUAGCCUAAUACCUAUUCCUCAAAUGGGAAGUGAUCAUUGUUUACAUUUUGUUUCUUCGACUGCUGCUGAACGAGGGGCAGAUUUUAAUAAACCUGUUAGAGACCGAAUGUUUUAUGAUCGAUCAAAGAAUACAAACAGUUCUAAUGCGGACAUUGAUCUAUCUCCUUCAAUAUGGGGAACUGGAACAUUUAAUGGAAUAAAUUCUCUAUUGGAUAUUUACAAAGGACAACAAACGUUCUCGCAUCCAAUGUAUGAAUCGUCCAAUUUUAAUAUAUCACCCAAAUCAAAGUCAUCAAGAACAGAUAAAAAGUCACCCUCUCCAUUAACUAAUCUCUGGCCUCAAUUUGCCCAUGAAGGAACAUUUCCUGCAAUGUUUGGCUCUGAUUUGGAAAGCAAGUUCCUAAGGGAGGCAAUUUCCGAUUCUGACGAUGUUGUUGCACAAUGUGCUUCUCCAACUCCGAUUAGUGCAAACGAUUUGGAAAGGAAAUUACUUGAAGAAUCAAUGAGGAAUUCUUUGAUUGAACACGGUCAAAAACAAAAAGAAUUGUCAAUUCAAUGCUUACAACAUGAGAAGGAUAUAUUAUUAUCUAGUACACUUUCCUCACCUUUAAGUCAACAAAGAACACCUCAAAAUUUAAAUCAACCAAUAUUUCCUCCGCGGACAGAUUAUCCUCCCAAUUGGCAACAACACCUACAACAUCCAUUUCCUCUACAAUCUCCAGGGAUGCCGCCUCCACCUUUCUUGAUACCGCCAGGGAUGCCGUCACUUCAAUUUCCUUCUGUGUUUAAUCCAAUGGCAUUUUUACAACAUCCACCACCGCCUGAUAUUGCAAGAAGAAUGGCUUUACAUGCUGCUGCCUCGAAUACUGCAUCCUUACAAUCCGGCCGUCAGUCCGUUGUUACACCUCAUUUAGUGGGUGCACCUAUAUUGCAGCGUCCUCCUAGCCAAAAUUUGAAUCAAACGCCACUACAUCAUCUUCCAAACUCACCAACGAUUCAUAGUCAGCAAGGUUAA